ACGUCUGUUCACCUCCUUACUGAGAACCACAAACCACAUUCCUGUAGUCAUGAGGCCGAGCUGAUCUGAGUCACGCUGAGAGAGAGAGAGAAAGAAACUCUGCUGAGACUCAUCUGAGUGUGAAAGUUGCAUACGCCACAGUCUGUGUGUGUGCAAUAAUAUGUACGUUGUUGCUCUUGAGGGAUUUACUAUGUGGACUAAAAAGGGAAUACUAUCAUUAAAGUCUUGUUGACGUGAUGGACUUUAAUCUUAAAUGCAGGAUGUGGUUACCUCUGAGAUGAUGGAGGAUAAGAACGGAGUUUGUCACACGAUGGAGGAGAGUGAUGUGGACGUGCAGAUCAGAGAAACCAAAGCUCAGCCGCAGCAGGCCAACAACAACCGACCUAAAUGGUCAAAUGGUCAGUGUGUUGUGGCGAUGCCGAGCAGUUCGAUGCUAAACCCGAGCUUUGGUCUCUCUCUGUGCCGCGCCAAACUGGAGAAUGAUGGCUUUCAGAUUCCAGUCGCAGACCUGGAGGCUCCUCUGAAGACUGUCCUGGACGUUCCUGCAGUCAGGAGAUACAUGGUUUUCAACUCAGCCAUCUUCCACUUCAUACUGGCACCGGUGCUGUAUGUGGUGGUGUGGUGCGCUGUGUUCUCCACCCUCCACCUCUACAUCACCGUCACUGACUACUGGGUCCUCUGCCUCUCUGUCAGCCUGGUCUCCAUCUUCCUCACCACCGUCGUCAUCUGCAUCCUCCACUACAGUAACAAGGAGAUCAACAUGAACUUGGACGUUCGGUUAAUCCAAGUGAAUGAGAGGAUGGUGAAACACAAGCUGCUUGUGGCCGUGGUUGACUGGGUGCAGUCCUGCACCGGAAAUAUGCAGCUGUACUUUGUGUACUGGGACAUGUCCCGCUGUCUGAGGGCACUGACUGAAACUUUAGAGGAGCACAGCUUUGUGGCACAUGACACCCAGAACAAAAUAAAGAGGAAAAUGUCGCAUCUGGUUCUCGUGGUCGAGGACACGGCUGCAGACCUAGAGGUCGGAGAGUCAGAUGUGGAGCAGGAUGAAGAGAGACCUCUGCUGAGGAAUGAGAACACAGGCAGUACCGCCUCCAGCCAGCGGGAGGGCGCCAAAAUCACCACCAACUACAGCCUUGUCCCUGAUGCAUCGUUACCUGCUCAGGCCAAAGCCUACCAGCUUCUGAUGACCUACAGUGCAGCUUAUGUGAAGCUGCUGGUUACUGACAGGCUGUCGGGAUCGUCACACCACCACCUACGCUCCCGGAGGAAUCACUGCACCACCGCCCCUCUCUGCCUCUGCCAGUACAUCAAAAAGAAGAUUCUCCUAUAGCAGACUUCUGCUUUGUGCCUGUGCUCCUGAACAGACAAACUGAUGUGUUCCAGUAUUUUCUUUGGAUCAAACAUGGAUUAUAAUACUUGUUUAAGGACUUUUUGAUCAAAUGAAGGACCUGUUUGGAGCUUCAUUCAUUUUUUUCAGUUUUUAAGUCUCCAGCCUGCAGCUCCUGUAUACCUGUCCUCAUGCCAGCUCUGUGUUUGCUCCACACGGAUCCUCGUCUGUUUGGUCCCAACUAUGUCUGCCAAACACUGUCUGAUCCAGCUGCUGUAAAACAAUAUUUGCACUCUUGUACACAUGACAAUCACGGCCUUCCUUACUGCUGUUUAAAUUAUUUGCACAGUAAUAAAUGUAGAUUCUUGUUAUUUUCUUUGCAGUAGAUUCUGCAGUAUUUGUCUUCGUGGUGGAACAGAAGAUGGAAAGUUAUUGAGUAUAUUUUCUCAAGUUCUGUACUUUGCUACAGUGUUAAAGUAAACUUUGAGUAUUUUCACUUUA